AUGAUCGAUCUGAACGCUAGACAGUUCAGAGCAACUACUCCUUUGGAACAAAUCGCAAGGCUUGCCAAUAUUACUGUGAAAGACUUGCCCGUCGCCCGGGAGUCAAUCUCAAAGGAAGCUAAGGAUGAUGUUAUGGAAGGGAUGGAAACCUCAGAGCCAGUCGCAUCAGCUGUUCAGCAGCUCCAUCCAUCGUCACCAGAGGCCCCAGAGGACAUUGACGCAGAUAUUAUCGAGCCAAAGAAAGAGCAAGUUGAUGACGCAGAAGCAGCGGCUGUUCCACCUGUCCCAACAAAGUACAAUCAAUCCGGAUCUGAUAGAAUCCUCGAGUCUGCAGAGGCUGACCAGAACGACGAUAUCGAUAUGGAAGGUAGCGACAACCUGGACUUUAUCACCCCUGAACCCAAACCAAGCAUUGAGACGAUCACUCUUCCUUACCUUGCAAAGGCGCCUCUCACUCCGCUUUCAGAUCUCGGCGCUUUCCAUGAGAAUAUAGCGCGCCUGAAUGCCGCAAAACCAGCGUUGAUCAUGCACUACCAAGCGCAAGUAGAAGAGGAAAAGGUCUUGCAGAAAGAUCUGCACGAACAGUACCUCGAGAAGUAUCGCGCUUGGCGUCUCGAGACUCAGCUACUCGAUCGUGAAAGAACAAACAAAGAAUCUCAAGAAAGACAGAUGUCCGUCGAGCUUGGGCUUGAUAUUGAGUCAAGCCCCGUACUCGAGAAUCCAGUCUCUGAAACUCGCUCGAGAUUGCACAAGUUUAGCAGCGAAUAUGAUCUGAUACAAGCGCUGAAGCAAUCGGAGGAGACGGCCAGACUCGAACAGGAGAAGGUUGAACGCGAGUCCAGACGAGCCCAGAUCGAUCUCGAGAAAGAAGCCAUCCCGCCAGAGAUGUGGGAUCAAGCUUCGAAAGAAAAGAACAUCUUCAAGAACAUGAAUCGGUACCGGGAACCCAUCUGUCUCACAGAAAUUUACGGAUAUGAGCCAGAGUUCGACACCUUCACUGAGACUGAGCAUAAACGCUUUGUGGAGCUGUUCAAGGAAAGGCCGAAACAAUGGGGCGAGAUUGCUGCUCAGCUACCUGGACGAUCGUAUGCCGAUUGUAUUCAUCACUAUUACAAAUACAAGUGGGAUGGCCGCUUCAAGGAAAAGACUAAACGCAGAGGUAAAGGCGGCGCACGUCGUGGUGGCAAGGCUGGUCGUGCAGCAAGAGGCGCUCAACUAAUGUCCGAUAUGCCUAAGAGCCUGGGCGAGGACGACAGCUCUUCUGGACCCAUGCUUACCGAGACUGGAAGACCAAGACGCGCAGCAACACGUACAGCAUACACCACGGAGAAGGAUCCUCCUGAAGUCAAAACCCCUGCCGCUUCAACAACCACCAACAAGAAGAUGGCUGCAACCGGUGAGACCGGCUCCGAGAAACCAGCUAAGCGUCGCAAGACGACAGCUGCUGGGGACAAGCCUCAGAAGCGUGGGAGACAAACCCUGGCUUCGACUGGCAAUUCUGCCACAUCACCUGCUGUCGAGAAGGAGGUCACUCUCGGCCAGGAAGACUUCGCUCGCGCAAAGCAGUUGGAGGACGCCGCGCUUCUUACUGGAAUCUUCACUGGUACCAGGGCCAUAGGUGGAACUCAGCAUGUCGAGUAUACACAUGAACCACUUCAAGCUCAAGUCUCGAACGAUUCUGCAGAAAGAACUCGUGCACCUGCGCAGCCAUCAAUGCAAAGAUCUAGCGCAUCUAGCUACUGGUCUGUCCCGGAGCAAACGGACUUUGUCAAGUUUAUUGCACACUUCGGUACCGACUUCGGCGCCAUUGCCAAUCAUAUGGGCACAAAAACUCAGACAAUGGUCAAGAACUACUAUCAAAGACUUAUCGAAAGUGGCAAUCGUCCUGACGUUGUCGACGCUGCCAAUGUUGCAAAUGCUCGUCGCGACCGAGGUGAGGAUAUGGGCGUUCCACCAACACCAACGCCGAUCAACAAGAGACGCUAUGACAAUCCAGGACCGUCCCUGCCCAGAACAGCUUCUGGCUCCCAGGGUGAGGUUAUGGAUAUCGACCCUCUUCCGCCGACACAGCCCUCAACUCUCUCUCAACCUUCGUCACAAUUCCAGCAUCAGUACAGGUUUUCAAUGGCUACCCAGCCAACAUCUGCACCACCACCAAGAGCUGCUCCGACUCAACUCCAGCAGCAUGAGUCUCCUGCUCUGGGCAAAUCUGGUAUUCCUACUCAGCCGCGUACGAGCAUAUCAUCUGCUGGUCCAAAAAUGGGCUUUUUCUCCGAAUCUAGGAUGGAGCGACGACCAACUUUGCCUUCUGCUGAGCGUCCAGCUCAACUACCGUCGCCUUCUUUGAUGCACCAACAGCAGCCAACACCACCCGGUCUGAUGCAUCAAAACUUGUCACACCUGACCUCGGAGUUUGUCAAGAACCUCAAGGAGGAGCAAGAACGUGCCUUGUCGAUUCAGAAGCGAGCUUCUCAAGAGCAUGUACCACAAGUGGGUCAACAUCCAUUGUUCCAGCCUCUCGGUGGCCAGACCUCCGCGCCUGCUGGAUCGCCUCAAUUGUCAAUGUUGGACCGACCUCUGGAGCGAGAUGAGCGCUCUGGCACACCUGGAUUGCCAUCGCUCGCACAUCCCCGUGCUGGACCAGCGAUGUUCCGAAAUAUCUUGGGUUCUCCUGGACCCAUGCCAUCUCCGGCUGUGACUAUGCAUCCUCCUUUCAGAUCGCACGUGCCAUCACCGCCAAAGAGAGAAGAGCAACCCAUGUAUCGACCUGGCUCUGUUCCGGCACCAUCACCAGCUCCUUCGAUCGUCAAGCCUGCCAUGUCUUUGACCACAGGACCGCCGGCCGAACCUCGUAAGACGUCUAACUUGGCAUCGUUACUUAACUCCGAGCCAGAAGAGCCUCGCCAGAAGAAAAGAAUCAGCGACCAGCCUACGCCAUUUACUCAAUCGCCAACACCUUCGACACUGAGCGUCGCGCCUUCUGGACCAAGUUCAAGCAUUUUCCCUCCUCGAAGAGAGGUGUUCAAUCAGACACCUGUAUCUAGACAGGAGUAUGACGGUCGCUCAUCCUACCCUCAGCCAGCAUCCCAUGCGCCAACUCCAACAACUCAGCACGAACUCAUGACUGGUAGAUCGGGAACACCGGUCGGCUCAAGACAAGCUGAAUGGCAAUCACGUCCACCUAUCGGUCAAAGCCUGGCGUCCAGCUCGCCUCACCCUCCAGCUCCCCUCGAGCGUGACGUUAGACCAUACUUCUCGCAUCGUGCCAAUCUGGGUAGCCUGAACCCGCAGUCAAGGGCAAACCCGUCGCCGCCACCUAACACACAUCCUUACAUGGAUCAUUCUCGAACCCCAUCAAUUGGUGGUCGACCAAUGACGCCCAGUCAGCUGCAACCUCAGGGCCCAUCUGGCUUGUCGCACAUGGCUCAGGCACAAACAGCUCAGGCGCAGUCACAGAUGAUGCAAUCCAAUCCAUAUGCUCAGCCACAUAGCGGUCCUUCGCAUAUGCAGCAAAUGCAGACUCAUCAGCAAAACCAGUUCAGUCACCGCCACAAUAGUUCUGGAGGCUCGUCUCAUAGUGGACUGCACCAAAGACAACCUAGUCGUGGGGAAGAGAUGAGCAUGCUGAGACAACAACAGCAGCAACAGCAACAAGAAAGAGAGUACCACAUAAGUCGUGAACGCGAGCAUCGUAUGGAAGUGGACCGACAAUACAAGGAGCGACCGCCUCCUCAGAUGUUGUCCAUGCGCGAACAAGCACGUAUCGAGGCUGAUCAAAGCUAUCGUGACGCCAGGAACAGAGAGCAAUACGAACAAGAAAUGCAUAUGAGACGCAUGCAAGAAGACGAGGAAAGAAUGAGAUAUGAUUAUCGAGGCUCUAGUGGCAUGGCGGGUAGAUCUUCAGGAGGGGGAUAUGGUGGCUUCCCACCACCCGGCCCGCAUAGAAGAUGA